AUGGCACCCGCCCCUUGUCUACCAACGGGCCAAGCUGAGGCACUGCCACCAAUGCCAAAGCUUAAAAGACUGUCAACUCUGCGUAGGAAAAUACCAUCACAGGGAUUAAAUCAGGCUCGGAGGGAAAGAUGUGGUCCUCGCGUCGACAGCCAGUCCUCAGUGCCAGGACAGUUGGCACCAGAUCUUCCCACAGACGCGCAUGGAAGAGUGCCAACCCACCCAGUACAUCAUAGGAAUCACACACAGCCAGCGAUGCGCACUGAGGUCCCCUAUAUGCAACAAAGGAUUCCUCCAGUUCGAUCGCAAGAACCUGUAAAUACCGCACGAUAUGUUUCUCCCUCUGGGUAUUCCACAAAUCAUCUUACCUCGCCACACCAUACGUCACCACCUGUGCAAAGUCAGCCAUUGACGCAACAUCAAAAUCAGCAGGGGUUGGACCCAAGUCACUCUGUAUCCUCGCAGUGGAGGAGUCCUCAGCACGCCCAUGCACCUCGUCCUCAACAUGGACACGAUUCCAGGUCUAGCUUACAAAAACACUGCCCGAAUUACAGCCAGUACUUCGGAAAUGCUGGCUACCAGACACACGAAGCAGGGGGGAAUCAGCGUCACCAGCCACGGUUUCCACAACAGAUGCAUCAGUUUUCUAGACCGGGGAUACAACACACACAACAACAUCCUGGGCAACCGUGUCGGCAAAAUGGACCAGGAUUGCAAAGCCACGCUCAAUUUCAAGUAAAAGGAGAAGAAAACCACCAACAAUACCAGUCACAAAUGCAAAUGCACAAGCCACAAAACCAUGGUCAGAACCAAAGAAGCCACAUGCAACACUAUCAUAUGCAAACACACCAGCAAAAUGGACAGCGGCAACAUGGACCAGACCAGCAAUACAAAGGCCAACAGCAGGUACAAAUAGGAGAAAAACACCGCCAGCCUCAAACGAAAGAACUUCCUUUGAAUACGCAGACACGCACACCACAAAAUCAGAACCAGAUGAACCACAUGCUUCAUCAGUAUCAUGUGCAUAAUGGUCAGAAGCAACAUGGACCUGGCCUGCAAUACAUUGGCCAACAAGCACAAAUAGGAGAAAAACACCGUCAGUUGCAAACGAAAGAACAUCCUUUGAACACGCAGACUCACACACCACAAAAUCAAGUGAACUACAUGCAUCAGUAUCAUAUGCAAAUGCACCGGCAAAAUGGCCAGACGCAACAUGGACCAAACCAACAGCAAGUACAGACAGGAGAAAAGCCGUUGCAAGCGAAAGAACAUCCUUUGAAUACGCAGACGCACACGCAACAGAACCAAAUGAACCGUAUGUAUCAGUAUCAUACACAGGUGCAUCGGCAAAAUGGACAGAAGCAACAUGGACCAGACCAGCAAUACAAAGAACAGCAGCAAGUACAAAUAGGAGAAAAACAUCGCCAGUCGCAAACGAAGGAACAUCCUUUGAAUACGCAGACGCGCGCACAACAAAAUCAGAACCAAAUGAACCACCAGUAUCAAAUGCAUAAUGGCCAUAAGCAACAUGGACCAGAUCUGCAAUACAAAGAACAACAGCAAGUACAAAUAGGAGAAAAACGCCGCCAGUCGCUAACUAAAGAACAUCCUUUGAAUACGCAGACGCACGCACAACCAAGCCAACCAAGCAAGGAUGGGAACCAGAUUAGCAAAUCUCAGCAGGUGAGCAGAACAAUGGAAGAGAAAGAAUUGCCACAAGAGACUAAUCCACAACAUAAUCAACAAGAUGUAGGCUUGAGUCCAGAGUCGCCUUUGAGUGCCAGUUAUCGUAUGCUGCAGAACAAGAAACUCCAACAUGAGAGGCAAAAGAUAAAGGAAAACGAAUCGACUUGCAACGCGAACGGUGCUGGUUCUCCCAAGGACAUAUCUCCCCAGGACGAAAAUACUCACGAUCCACCGAAUCUCCACAAGACUGACGAGAACCGCACGCAAGAUUGCCCCCAGACGAACUACGACGUCGCUUCCACCCCUUCGUCUGUAAGUGAGAACCUCGAAGAGACCCCGAUGGUUGAAGGCCACACACUUCUCUCAACAGACACUUCUCUUACUACCUGA